AUGGGUUCACAAUUUCGAGAGUUGCGUCGGUGUCUGUGUUUUGUUGUGAUUAUUACAGGCAUUUCUGCCGACGAGCAAUUCCAGUAUGUUCUAGCGUUUCCAAAACAUGUAAUUCAAGCCGUUUCUUCACUGGCCGUCUCGCCACUCUCGUGGGACUUUGUGAAGAACGUUGAGGUCACCGUAACAGCACCAGCACGUCGCACUUCAUCAGGUAAAAUACAGACUCAGGAAUAUUCGCACAACUUUAAGUACCCAUCAACAGAGCAAUGGAUGCUUUACCUCGAGCAGUUGGUUCAGUUCACGAAGUCUGGCAUAGGGAAAAAUUAUGGAGUUCAAGUGACUUCCACAGCUCAACUGGUCGUCCAAGCAAGAAGCAUUAAACGUUCUUCCAUAGGCUUACAUUUCGGAAGCGCUGGUGCUUUUAAUGUUAUGCCCUUUAAGCUCCUCUCCAAUGAAUAUUUAGUGGUCACAAAUUGCCAGUUCCGGCAUUGUUUUCUUCUUGUCGUGAACCCAGAUGGGAUCAAUGACGUCACUAUUGAAUUAAAAUUGAACCCAAUACAAACUGAUAUCAUUUAUAAAAACGAAAUAAAUACUUUCCAUUCCGGACAAUCUUUACAGGAAUCUUUGGGACCCUUAGAUGUUCUUCAGAUCGUGGCCAACAGAACUGACCUCACUGGUACAUGGAUCAAGGCAAACAGAUUCAUAGCGGUAUUCGCAGGUGCAGAUUUCGACUUUAUAUCGCUAGAGACUCAUUCAUACUCAAUAAAAGAUAUGGCGGUUGAGCAGCUUCCCCCUGUGACUGUUUUAGGGCAACACUACAUUUUAACUCCGUUUUUCAGCGGCACUAAGGAUUCUUUCAUCAAAAUUGGAUACCUCAACCCGUCAACCACUUUCUCCGGUUUGGAACAUGUCGAGACGAAUGUGGACACAGUUAAAAGCACCUCCACUUCUUUAAUGUUUAAACUAGGAGACAUGAUUAUUUAUCUGCAGGCAUCUGCGCCUGUGUUGGUUCUGCAGUAUGUUAGGUCUCAAGAGGUAGGAUAUUUCUAUGACUUGUCGCAAGCAGUUGUUUAUCCUAUCUCCAAAUGGGGUAUUCGUGCAGAAUUUUUAACUUUUGUCGACAACAGCGCGCUAAUUGUAAUUACAUCGCAAUGCAAAUGCAUAACAGAAAUUGAGGUUCGAGGUGCUAUUGAAGAAUUGUACACACCAGGGGAAGCGGAAAACUUGUUUGGGACAGAUCGUUUUUGUUCUAGAGAAAUUAACGUCACCCAAAACGAUUCGGUAAAUAAGAUCCAAGUUAACGGUGGGACGUGUUAUUUCAGUGGUUUUAUUUUAGCAAAGGAGGGCACACUGUCUGGUUGGCUCAUUCCACUUUCGACUUUCAAAUCUACUGACAAUAAAACAACGCUGUGUCGACCCAAGUUACUGAAUAGAGAGACAACGACACCUGACAUCAAUAACACAUGCAUUGUUGAGGGAACAUCUCACAGACCUACCCCUCAAUUCAGAAGUAAGAUGUGUCCAUGCCCGUGUCUUCAUGCAUCUAAGACUUAUCGAGCCUUGCUAAAUGCGACAGUCAUGUCGAAGAUGGCAGCAAUACAGAGUUAUCUCCACGUUCCUAGAGAAAACCUCUCCAGAAGAGUAAGGAGCAAAAUGUCCGCCAAAGACCACAGGCUGUCCAGUACUUCAAUUGGUUCCAUUGUGUUUGCCGUCACAUUUUUGCCAAUCUUUGGGAGCCUGGUAAUGAGUGACUGCUAUAGAUCAUGGCUAUAUCUUUGUCGUAGAUGGUAUGAGUAA